AUGAGCCACGGUGAAGAAAGUGAGCCUGGGAUCCCUCACAAAGUCGAUAGCAUCGAUGAGAUCUUUGUAGGUUGUAAGUGUUGGGUUUUGAAAGAUGGACAAGACCGUCUUGCUGAAAUCCUAUCUAUCAACAAUAGGAGGGAUCCUCCAAAAUUCUAUGUCCAUUAUGAAGACUUCAAUAAGCGUUUAGAUGAAUGGAUCACAGCGGAUAGAUUAGAGAUUAGCAAAGAAGUCAUCUUCCCAAGGCCAAAAGAGGUUGAAGAUAAGAAGGAUUCUAAGAAAAAGAAGCAACAAACCAAGAGCGCUACUCCUCAGACAUCCAGUAUCUCUCCAGAAGCUGGUGACAUGAUGGAUUUAGACAACUUAAAUGUCCAAGGUAUUCCAAACGAGGACAUCUCCAGAGAGGAUGAAAUAAAAAAGCUUCGUACUUCAGGUUCGAUGACCCAGAAUCAAAAUGAAGUUGCUAGGGUGAGAAACUUCGACAAGAUCAUCAUGGGAAAGUAUGAAAUUGAACCUUGGUACUUUUCUCCAUAUCCAAUAGAGCUCACAGAUCAGGAUGUGAUAUAUAUAGAUGACUUUUCUCUACAAUAUUUUGGUUCAAAGAAACAAUAUGAAAGAUACAGAAAGAAGUGUACUCUACGACACCCACCAGGAAAUGAGAUUUAUAGAGAUGACUAUGUUUCAUUUUUUGAAAUCGAUGGACGUAAGCAAAGAUCUUGGUGCCGUAACUUAUGUCUAUUGUCCAAACUAUUCUUGGAUCAUAAAACUUUGUACUACGAUGUUGAUCCGUUUUUGUUUUACUGUAUGACCAGAAGAGAUGAACUAGGACAUCACAUUGUAGGAUACUUCUCAAAGGAAAAAGAAUCUGCUGAUGGAUAUAAUGUUGCCUGUAUCUUAACUCUCCCGCAAUAUCAAAGAAUGGGUUAUGGUAGAUUGUUAAUAGAGUUUUCCUAUGAACUAUCAAAGAAAGAAGGCAAAGUAGGAUCUCCGGAAAAGCCUUUAUCCGAUUUAGGUCUAUUAUCCUACAGAGCAUACUGGGCAGAUACUCUAAUCAAACUACUAGUAGAACAUGGCCAAGAAAUAACCAUUGACGAAAUAAGUUCAAUUACUUCAAUGACAACUACAGAUAUUUUGCACACCGCCAAGGCAUUGGAAAUUCUACGAUUUUAUCGCGGGCAACAUAUAAUGUAUUUGAAUAAUGAUGUCAUGAAACGAUAUACAAAGCUUAUGAACAACAAGAGAAGAUCCAUAGAUCCGGAAAAGUUAAUAUGGACUCCUCCUGUAUUUACAGCGUCACAGCUAAGAUUUGCAUGGUAA